AUGACUCCAUCUGCAGUGGCGGUGUUGCUGCUGACUUGUGGUGGAAUUAUAACAGAUGCAAGUCUUUUUGAACUCAGUCGGAUGAUCAAAGACGUCACACGGAGAAAUGCCAUCCCAGAUUACUCCACCUACGGGUGCUACUGUGGAUUGGGAGGAAAAGGGAAGCCUUUGGAUAAAACCGAUUGGUGCUGCCAACAGCAUGACUGCUGCUACACCAAAGUGGACAAAGAAGGAUGCAAAUCCAAAACUAACCUCUACAUCUACAGCUACAACUCAGGGAAAGUCAGAUGCGGUGCUGAACCAUUGUGGUGGAAACUCAUGAUGAAAAACGGAAUCUGGUGUCAGCGAAAAGUCUGCGAAUGCGACCGAAGAUUUGUGGAGUGCUUGAAGAAGUACUCAAGGAGCUACCAGAAUGCCUACCGCUACCAUUCAAAUGAGCUAUGUUAUGGUUCAUCCCCUCACUGCAAGUCCUGA